AAUUACUUUGUUUUCUGUAUCCUUUUCUUUAACUUCCAUAAUCUCCUCUGUUUUCUCCAAUCACCUUUCAAUUUCUUGUCUGCCUUCAAACUUGGUCGUCGUGUGUGUGAAUUGAAAUGAGAGACGGAGGAGGAGGAGAUUGCACUAAAUUCGUUAACACAGGGAGCAGCAUGCCGAGAUCCAAAUUGAAUAGCAUUGCUCAUUCAGAUCCAAAUAUGUCUUCCACGUUUCAUGAUGAUGAUUUCAAUGUCCGUAACAGCAGCGCUUCCGCCAAUGCCCCUGGCUUUUUCGACCAGAAUCGGUUGAGCUGCGAAGGCUCUCCUAUGACCAUGUCACCAUGGAAUAAUACAACUCCUUAUAACAAAGCUCAAUGGACUCCUUUUGAGGAAAAUGCUCCUCAAAAUGGAUUAAUUGGCUCUCUCGUUCGCGAAGAAGGUCAUAUUUAUUCUUUGGCUGCAACUAAGGAUCUUCUUUAUACAGGUUCUGAUAGCAAGAACAUUCGUGUUUGGAAGAAUCUCAAAGAAUUUUCUGGAUUUAAAUCAAGCAGUGGAUUGGUCAAAGCAAUUAUUAUUGCUGGAGAAAAGAUUUUUACUGGUCAUCAAGACGGUAAGAUUCGUGUCUGGAAAGUUUCUCCGAAGAAUCCAAGCGUACAUAAACGCUCUGGAACUUUACCAACUCUAAAGGAUAUAUUCAAGAGCUCUAUCAAACCAAGCAAUUACGUCCAAGUUCGAAACCACCGUACUGCUCUCUGGAUCAAACAUUCUGAUGCAGUUUCAUGCUUGAGCUUUAAUGAAGACAAUACUCUUUUGUACUCUGCUUCUUGGGACCGUACCUUCAAAGUGUGGAGAGUCUCAGAUUCCAAAUGCCUUGAAUCUGUUAGCGCUCAUGACGAUGCCGUUAACUCUGUGGUUGCUAGUAGUGAAGCUAUGGUGUUUACAGGCUCAGCUGAUGGAACUGUAAAAGUGUGGAAAAGAGAACAGCAGGGUAAAAACACCAAGCAUAAUAUGGUUCAAACGUUACUUAAACAAGAGUGUGCGGUUACAGCUCUGGCCGUGAAUCCCUCCAAUACGGUUUUGUACUGUGGUUCCAGUGAUGGAGUGGUCAAUUUCUGGGAGCGCGAAAAGCAAUUGUCUCACGGUGGUGUUUUGAAGGGACACAAGCUUGCUGUUCUGUGCCUCGAUUCUGCAGGGAGUUUGGUGUUCAGCGGAUCAGCAGAUAAAACCAUCUGCGUGUGGAGGAGGGAUGGUAACAUCCACACGUGUCUGUCGGUGCUGACUGGGCACACUGGGCCCGUUAAAUGUUUGGCGGUGGAGGAGGAUCGUGAGCAAUCAAAGCCUGGCGAUCAACGAUGGGUUGUGUACAGUGGAAGCUUGGACAAGUCUGUGAAGGUUUGGAGUGUGUCUGAGUUGGCACCUGAUGCUAAUCAGAUGGCCGCGAUGCAACAGUCUUAUCAACAGAUGCCUGAUGGAGAAUCUGCGCCGUCCGAUGGAAGCAGCAAAGCUGCGAAGUGAUGCUCUCAACGCCGUUGGAUGAUUUUAAUGCCAAAGAGAACUGAGCAGGUGAUUUGCCCAGCUGAAAAGAGGGGGAAACAGGAUUUUUGUAUAUUCCCGUGGAUUUUGUGUGGCUAAUAUUUAAUUCGCUUGACUACUGCGAUUGUAAAUUUACGAGCUAAGUUUUUUUUUUUUUUUUUCCCCUAAUUGUGUUUUUGUUUUCCUUUUGUAAUUCCAUUCCAACUGAGAGAUCUUCAGGUGGGAAUGUAAUGCAAAGUGAUCUAAUAAAAAUUCUAUGCAUUUUCAAUAUAUAAUGA